CUUGUGUACUACGUAACAGUGAAGUUGUUGACUUGUUGCUAACAGAGGACUGCAAGAUUUUUUACCUUUUUACCGCCAACAUCGAAGCCAAACGUAUUCCAUUUUACUCUUGUCAAUCUCCUGCUGAGCUCAAAGAAACACGAAGCAUGGGCGUCUCCAGUACAAAACGCAACAUAGAGGAAGAACCAGAGAACCCGAAAGAAGAGCCACCACAAAAAAAAUCAAAAUUGUCUUCAGGCGCCGAGGGGGAGCCGUGCUGCUCCAAUGAAUCUUUAGACCAGAAAACACCUGACAAGGUUUUGGGCUGGGCAGAUUUGCCCUACGUUGCCUUGCUGCAGAUUUACUCUUUCCUGCCCAAUAAGUACCGGUACAAUAUGGCCCUGACGUGCCAAGCCUGGUCCAAGCCUUUCGCCAGACCGGAGAUCUGGAGGAGCGUCUCAUUUCGCUUUGACAGCCAUGAGGAUUACAGAGCCAAACUCUUCUGCGAAUAUCUAUCGCUCAGUGGGGUGAGGUAUCUGGACAUUAACUGUGCCAACUCAACCAAUAGUCCUAUCAACGAGUUCUGUUCACUGCUACACUUGAACAAAUUUCUGCAGUGCUUUAUAACUUGCGGGAACACAAAGUUAAUCGCCUUGAACCUGACUCACUUGAGUUCCAUGUCGAAUUGGUUCAAAUGGCUGUGGAAUGAGGACCGUAUGGUGGUUUUGUACGAGCUGCUGGCUUGUCAAACGGACUUGAAGUACUUAAACCUGUCAGGAGCCGAGUUAAAACAAGAGCAAGGUUUAGCCUUGCUGGGCGCAGCAGGUCAACGCUGUGGCACGACGAUCCAAUGCCUCAAAAUUGAUCACUUCUUUGCAAAAGAGGUCCAGCGGGAUAAUCAGUUUUCUACUGAUUUUACUGUCACCAUGGAGCAUUUUCCAAAACUAGUUCAUUUGACAGUUAGCAUUCAAUACUUGUCAAACGAACUUCUGAAUUCUCUUGCCAACUUCGGUUCUUUAAAAUGUCUAUGCGUCCAUAGCAACACGACAAGAGAAUUAAUUCAGCCGUCCACUGAAUCUUGGGACCAUCUCAGGCUUUCGUGCCCAAAUCUACAGGUCCAUUAUAUCUUAAAGAACAUUGGAUCCAGAAGUGUAUUUUUGAAUAUACUCACACCUGGCAUUCCGUUGACCAGUCUUGAAUGGGAGUUGGAAAAAUAUUGGGGUCAAAACAGUGGCUUGUAUUGUUGCCGGUACAUUGCUGACAACUACAAGAACACACUCAAACAUUUGGAUUUGACUUUGAAUGAAACAUCGCAAUGGUCGUUGGAAAUGUAUUCAGAGAUCGUAGACAAAUGUACCAAACUCAAAGCGCUGAAUGUGAAGUCCUCUGACAGUACCUCAAAAACAUUCAAGUCUGCUAUGAGAAAAUGUGUGCGUAAAACAGUGAAUGGUCAAGCAAAGAAUGAGAUCGGCCAGUUCACUCUGAACGGGGUCAAUGUUCCACAGGGGCAGUCUUGGAUCAAUAACAUUUUGGAGUGGGUGCUGGGCACAUAUUGAUUAGUUCUUCCUGUAUCAGGAGACCAUUUUUAAAAUUGAAAUGUUUCAUAGCAACGUUACUCCUACCCACUGUGUCUUUCACCUCAACUUGAACCUUAAGAUUUGCAUUGGUUUAGAGACUGCAUGCGGAGGGCAACUUCAGCAUCAUUGAUGGUCUACACAUCUUUCACGUUUGAGAGCUUUGAACCAUUUUUUUGUUUAUCCGCUUCAUCACUUGACCUCAACCUGGUUAAAUACAGGAUAUUGUAAUGUUUUUUUUUUUAACUUCCAUUUUUGUUUCAUUGGUCAGAAUGAUCACGUGCUUUUUCAUUGUUUAUUAUCUUUUAUUCUUUUUGAGGGAUUAAUUCGAUCAUUAUCUCUUUUCGUCCAUGAUUACAAAAAAAAAAAGCAAGUUAUAAAAAUUCGUUUGUCAAAGUUAUAAGAAAUCGUUUAUCAGAGGCGUAGCUAGGAUGGGGGGGGAGGAAGGGGGAGAAUUUGAAAAUCCACCAGGGUCCCCACUUAAGGGGUCUCCCAAAUGAGUGCUUUUUACAUUAAAUAUUAAAUAUUACGCAAAAUGCAGGGGCCCCCAAAGAGUUCAAGUCCUCCAGCCCCCAAAUGAAGGCAAAUUCCUAGCUACGCCCCUGUUGUUUAUAUAUAUAUAUAUUUAAAAAGGACAAACAUAUAAUAAAUAUUUAAUAGAACCGUAGACCCGUUCUUUGUUAUUUUGCAAAGUAUAUAUUUACACACUUAUUUACAAUUUUUAGACAGUGCCUUAUACUCGUCAUUUAGAAGCAUAUAUGUAUAUUUGUAUAUAUUAUAAGUAUGAUAUGAAUUUCUCUUAGAGAAAUUAGAGCCUCAAAGGAAUUGAAAUUGACCCUUAUCAGUGAACGGCUUUAUCAGUGUCAAUAUUAGAAAAACAUAUAGGUCACUGCUGGGUCCUCUUUGCCACUUUAAAAACUUAAUUCACUCGGAAGCUUUACACUUCAAUAUCUUUGUGGUAGAGUUUAACUGAUGGUAAAUACUGCAUUUAUUUACUUGUUUAACUUUUUUUUAAUGCAUACAUUUGUUGUUCAGUGCUCUGUUCAUUUGGUCAAGUAUAUUUGAUGAAUGCUGUAGUUCCAACAUAUAGGAAAGUUUAAAUUAGAGAUAGGUGUAAUAACUAGGGUUAUUGAAACCUGGAGUCCUUAUUAGACCUUAUAGACCCUUUUUCUUGUCUCUGUAUUAAACAAAUAGAACUCCGCGGAUACAUGAAUGCAAUGGGCAAAGAAAUCUCUGGGUACGUUUCUUAAUAAAAUGAUCUUUUCGUGUUCAAGUUAAACUUCACAAUCGCAAUGUCUUUUUUGUUUAGCAUUCUGGGAAGUAGCUUUUAUCUUUUUAUGUUAAGCAGGGGUAUAUCUCCUCAGCCCAAUACAUUCACCACCCUACACCCCUUCAAACAUACUUCGUAGAUCCUAUAUAUGAUCUGGUAGGGCCUAGGAAUAUCUAUGAAUUACAAAGACAAACAAUAUGUAUCAUGUAUCAUGUCCAUCCUAUCUAUUCUUAUCAUAUUAUAUCUUAUCAAUUCAAAAGGUUUAAAUAAUCACUCUCAGGCGACUGUGAUUAAAGUGAGUUUCGUGGCUGUAGUUUAAAUUUGAUUUCGCCCAAUAUAUUCUAAUGUCGUUUGCAUUUCGUUUGCAAUGAAUAAAUUUAUAAAAUGAAAUAA